AAAAGAUUGCUUUGGAGCUUAAAGAAGUUCGUAAAAAUAAAAGGCAAUCACAAGAAUCUUUAGAAGAUAAUAUAGAAAUGUAUGGGGAAGAAGAAGCGACUAAAGUUUUUUUAGACUUACUUCGACCUUAG